CAGAAAAGUAAUGUGUUCUGUAGCUCCUAUUAUUAACUUCAACGGACGUUUCUACAAACCACCGAGUGUUUUGUGAUAACACGGUUUUUAAAGAAAUUGUGUUUAUCGAUAAUUACAUGUACGGCGAAGGAAUCCCAGAACUAGUUUGGCCACUCUGUGUAUUCUAUUUACUUAAAUACACACGUAAUUGCAUAUCAAAUUUAUUGAUUAAAAAUAUAGCAUUUGCGAGUAUCGUUGCCUAUUGCGUACCAAAAAAAGCUAUUUUAAUAUUUAUAGUUUUAAUUCUGUACGUGUAAUAGAAGUGUAUUAUAUGCAGAAUGGGAAAUCUGUGCAUGUCUUGCUGUAAACCAUCAGUUUCAUGCGAGGAUUUAACACCAGACUUGGAAGUGAGAAGAAAGAAACAAAUGGAAGCUGCUGAAAGAAGAAUUGCUGAACAACAAAAUCGUGGUAUCAAAAAUAUUGAUGCUGUCAAAAGACAAGAAAGGUUAGACCAACAGCGGGAGAGACGAGUAGAAGAGGCUGGUAACAUGAAUGUGCAAAGCAAUUUAAAGUGGCAAAUGAGUUAAUUGAUGAUUUGAAUACAAACUGUACCUGUAAAUUUAUUACACGAGGCAUAUAAUUAUUAAUUAUACACAUGCUACACAGAAAAUACACAUCAAUUGAUAUUAUCUCUUGAGCAUAAUUGGAGACAGUACUAAUGCUGCAACGUUUGCAUUUUGUGGAAUUUAAAUAUUUAAAGGUUUAUACAUAAAUGUAUAGAUAUGUUUUUACACUAUGUUUUCUAUACUACUUUAACUAUUUAUACUGAUUGUAUUAAUAUUUUAUAUAAUGUAUAAAUGAGAGAAUGCUUGCAGUGCGGCUAUAUAUGUUAAAGAAAUGUAAAGAAAAUGAUUUUUGUUUAAAUAUUACAAGUAUUCUUUAUUAAGAUAUUGUUUGUUAUAUAUUUUAUUAAUAAGAAGUUGAAUUUUUAUGCUUUAAAUGUGAUCUUAUACCUGCAUCGGUAUAACAUCGUCAAGUAAAUCUCCUUAUAUUUUGAUUUGUUGCUCAUUUUAUAAUUGUUCAUAUUGUUAAAUGUAUUGAAAGAUAUAGUAUUGUUGAGUAACAAAAAAGUAUUUACAUGUAUUCAAUGAUGUAAUUGAAAGCAAAAAUCAUUCUUUUGCAAAAAUAACAAAACUGUAAAAAAGGCUAAUGAUAUCUGUAAUGUAU